AUGGAUCAAAGGAGUAAAACAAAAAGAAUAAAAGGCGAAACUAUUAAGAAGUCAAUAUUGCAGAAUGUUCCCUAUGUAAACUAUAAGGGGAAUUUGUGCCAACCGAAACCUUACGGAAUGGAUUGCAGAUGUCGUGCUAAAUGUAUACCUGUCCAAGUUUCUGAAGAAGUUUGGGAUGAAAUUUAUAAAAAGUUUACUAGCUUUAUAACAAAAAAUGAACAGGAUACAUACCUCCAAUGCUUAAUGACGCUGCAACCAGUAUCUCGAAAGAGGACAAGAAAUUCAAAUACUAGUAAGCUGCCUAACAUCCCAGUCCAGGAUAUAUUCUACUACAGACAACUGAGCCUUUCCCUGUUUAAUGUUCACAGUCUAGGAUCUGGGAAGUCAAGACUUUAUCUCUACCACCAAGGUAUUGCCCGAAAGAGUCCAGAUGAAGUUACAUCAUUCAUUUCUGAUUAUAUCCAUGAAGUUAUCCCUCCACAAGUGAAACAUUUACAUAUUUUUGCUGACGCUUGUGGAGGCCAAAACCGGAACAAUACUUUGGUGAGACUGUGCUUGGCUCUAGUAGCUACCAAGAGAUUUUAAACUGUCACUCAGUACUUUCCCAUUAGAGGGCACUCAUUCAAUCCGUGCGACAGAGACUUUGGAGUAAUCAAGCGAUCUUUGAAAAAAGUGGACAGAUUUUAUUUGCCCAAACAAUGUGCUGAAAUAAUACUAAAUUCGAGUAAAAAGAAAAAUUUUGAAUUAAAAAUGGUAAAGAAUGAAGAUGUACUGGGGUUUACUAAAUGGUGGCCUCAAUAUUACAAAAAAAAAGUGAUCUCUGAAGAAUCAAAAGGCAGUAAGGUGCCGAAGAACAAAAAGCAAACUUUCAAUGUUUCAGAGUUUCGCCAAUUCGAUUACUCUUAUCAAUUCGUUGGUGCAGUAAAGGCUCACCCGUUCAUACAAAACCCAGAGUUUUACACAUUCAAACUAGCAAAAGAUGCUUCUACACCCAUUCUGCCCUCAGAUAAAGCAUAUCCACUGGAAAAAUUCCAAUAG